ACAUUUAUUUCAUUGCAGAUGCCUUUUCGAUUUGGCUCUCCGGAGCACGAUGUGCAUCUGUUGAGAGAAGUCUUGGAUGUGAAGCCCUUCUCCCAGCCGGUCAUGAAAGCUGCAUGGGAGGAUGUGUCAGCUUCUCUCAACGACAUGGGAAUGGCGGUUACAUAUCUAACGUGCCGUGACCGCACCUUGAAGUUGAUCAACAAGCCAGGGAGCGAAGCCGAUUUAGAUGGAGAGAAAGAGCAGCUGCUGCAACAAGUAAGGGAGGAUUACCUUCAAGGAUUGGCAUUGCGCGAGGAAAAGAAAGGCAAACGUGCAAGAGAAGCCUUUAAUAAUGUAACGACAGUGACAUCGUUUUAUCCAUCGCCAUCAACAUUAACUUGGGAUACGGAUGCUUCGACCAUGGGAUCUCCAUCUCCAUCUCCAUCAAAGAGACGUGUCGGUGUCUCUUACUACGAGACCAAAAACAGGAGGGAGGAGGAAAAACUCUCUCUGAAGAAGGAAGCAUUGGCCUUGAAACGAGAGCAGCUCGCUUUCCAGCGCGAUCUAUUCAAGGCCGAGAGAGAGGAGAGAGAACGCAGGGAUGAGCGUGAUCGCAAAGAGAGAGAAGAAAGAAUGAUCGCAGAUCGGGAAGAAAAGCAUGAGAUGCGAGAGAUGAUCAUGCAACUUGUCAAAAAAUAUCGCCAUUAACAAUAAAGAACAAGUGAAAUGAAGAGACACAUCUUGCCUUUUCCAUAUCACGAAGCAACAAAAUAUCAGCAACAAUGAAAUGGCGACUAUCCCUAAUUUACCCCAUUUUCAGCAUAUUUCCGCAUUUGUAUGUGUGCAGUCUCUUUCGGUCGAUGAGAACAUCCCAGAGUCUACAUUUUUUGUCGAAACACUUAGAAUUUCUUUUCUCAUACCUUCUG